GUUUCUGUGCCCGCUGGCUGCCCGCCGGCACCGUGCCCGCGGGCACGCCCCCCGAGCACCUGGCGCAGGUGGCACAGGGGCUCUGCUUCGCCGGGCUCGUGUCCCUCAUCGACCCCCCCCGCGCCACCGUGCCCCAGGCCGUGCGCAAGUGCCGGACGGCCGGCAUCCGGGUGAUCAUGGUGACCGGUGACCACCCGGUGACGGCCAAGGCCAUCGCGGCGCAGGUCGGGAUCAUCUCCGAGGGCAGCGAGACCCCCGAGGACGUGGCCGAGCGCCUGCACCUGCCCCUGGAGCAGGUACAGCCCAGCCAGGCCCGUGCCCGCGUGGUCACCGGCUCCGAGCUGGCGGCGCUGCCCCCGGGGGCGCUCGAGGAGCUGCUCCGCGCCCACCCCGAGAUGGUUUUCGCCCGACGGCGUGCCCAGCAGAAGUUGGUCAUCGUGGAGAGCUGCCAGCGCCUGGGCGCCAUCGUGGCGGUGACGGGCGGCGACGGCGUGAACGACUCGCCGGCGCUGAAGAAGGCCGACAUCGGCGUGGCCAUGGGCAUCGCCGGCUCCGACGCCGCCAAGAACGCGGCCGACAUGAUCCUGCUGGACGACAACUUCGCCUCCAUCGUCACGGGGGGCCGGCUGAUCUUCGACAACCUCAAGAAGUCGAUCGCCUACACGCUGACCAAGAACAUUCCGGAGCUGACGCCGUACCUGAUCUACAUCACGGCCAGCGUGCCCCUCCCCCUGGGCUGCAUCACCAUCCUCUUCAUCGAGCUCUGCACCGACAUCUUCCCCUCGGUGUCCCUGGCCUACGAGCGCGCCGAGAGCGACAUCAUGCACCUGCGGCCCCGCAACCCCCGGCGCGACCGCCUGGUCAACGAGCCCCUGGCGGCGUACUCGUACUUCCAGAUAGGUGCCAUCCAGUCCUUCGCGGGUUUCACCGAUUACUUCGUGGCCAUGGCCCAGGAGGGCUGGUGGCCGUACCUGGUGCUGGGGCUCCGCCCCCGCUGGGAGGACGCCGACGAGCAGGAGCUGCAGGACAGCUACGGGCAGCAGUGGGGUGCACGUUCUGAGCAGCGGCGCUACCAGCAGUACACCUGCUACACCGUGUUCUUCAUCAGCAUCGAGAUGUGCCAGAUCGCCGACGUGCUGAUCCGCAAGACGCGGCGGCUGUCGCUGUUCCAGCAGGGGCUCUUCAGGAACCGGACCCUGCUGGUGGCCAUCGUGUUCCAGGUGUGCAUCGGCUGCUUCCUCUGCUACUGCCCCGGCAUGCCCAACGUGUUCAACUUCAUGCCCAUCAGGUUCCAGUGGUGGUUGGUGCCGAUGCCCUUCGGGCUCCUUAUCCUCGUCUACGACGAAAUCCGGAAACUCGGAGUGCGGAGACACCCGGGCAGUUGGUGGGAUCGAGAACUUUACUACUGAGAAGAACACCUGGGCACA